AUCUGCCAUCGCACCGCUGCCACGACCUGCCAUCGCACCGCUGCCACGACCACAGAGAAAAGAUGACGCGAGCUCUGAUGCUUCUGAUCGCCGCCGCCGCUGCCGCGUUCGCGGCAGAACUUUCUCCUUGUAAACAAGAGUUGUUUACCGGAUACUACUCAUUUGACACCGGUCUUGCUGAUCCGUGCUAUGUGCAGAAUAAAGCGGAUGUGGACAAGUUUAUAGAGACUACAGUUUGCUCGUACAUGGAUAAAGUGACUGGGUACGAUGCUGCAACUUGUGAUCCGCUGUUUUUCAAUUACAUGAAGUGCGCGUUGAAAAAACGCGGGCUUCUGAAUUCCAACAACACCUUGAAAGAUAAGGCUUUCCAGACGAUUGCGCUGAAGAACAAAUGCAGCACUGAUACCAACUUCUCAAAAGCUUACCCGAAAUGCAAAAAAUCCACCAUGAAAUAUUUGAACAUUCUCAGGCUUUUUCUGUGUCUCUAUGAGGCCAUGCCUUAAACUGCUCACUCGAUGGAAGAAAAUCUACUGACUCGGAACAAGACUAACCGAACUCGCCUUCACUGCUCAUGCUUUGAGUUUUCAUCUCCCUUAAAAUUAUAUAUGAAAUAAUUAUAUAUAAUUAUAUAUCAUUAUAUAUAAUUUCUUGCCAGUAAAUGAAAAGCUGUGCGAGCAUCUAUACUCCCUCUAACAAUUUCUCGUCGAAUGAAAAUUCUAAUUUUUCAAAUUAAAAAAAAAGAUUGAACAUUUUCAGCACGUUAUUUAGACACAUUAGGUUGAGGAUUAUAUUACACAAUUUAAAAUAUUAAAUGAUUACCUCUAUAACUUCUUCAACGAAUCAAAAAUGUUCGAGGACUGAAAUGGACUACCAUUUAUUUAAUUAAAUAUUCCUGCAGAACUUGUCGCACAAUUUAAAUAUCCUGGGUGUUUCUAAAUCUGUCGUGUAUUUUUUCUGUAAUUGCAAUGGCAUAGA